AUGAGUGAUAUUCCAAACCCAUUCGAAGAUCAGAGUGAAACAUUAUUUGAUUUGAAUUUAGACAAUCCUGAUGAUGAUGAUACAUAUGAUACUGAAAAAAGAAAAGAUUUGAAAAAAUCAUCGAACCAAAAUAUUGAAUUUAUAAAUGAAAAAACUGCCAAAUCAGUAAAACAACAAACCAUAAGCACUCCUGGUACUGAUAACAGAUAUAGUGAAGAUUAUACAAUAGAAAAUGAUAUCAAUGUGGAUCCUUUUCUCGAUGAUGUAGAAUUAUCAUGGAAUGCAAACCCAGAUGAUGGGAACGAUUUCGAUAUUAAUAUAGAAAACAGUGGUAGAAUUGGUAAACGACCUUCGAUAUGGGCAAGAGCUUGGUAUAAAAUUAAACCGGGUAGCAAAAAAAAACAAUCGACGAAUCGUUUUGAAAUGCAAAAUUAUAACGCAGUUGUGGCAGAUGCAAAUGAUGAUGAUGAUGUUUAUUUGAAAUCAAGAGAUCGGUUCAAUAUGAAAAUUAUAUUUAAUAAAUAUAUCUUGGGUAAGUAUGGUACUUCUUCAGCAACUGAUACAUCUGAACCAAGAUUAAUUUAUUUGAAUGAUAAGAGAAAUAAUGCGACGUUAGGUUAUGGUGAUAAUCAUAUCUCUACAACAAAAUAUAACUUCGCCACAUUUUUACCAAAAUUUUUAUUUCAAGAGUUCACCAAAUAUGCAAAUUUAUUCUUUCUAUUCACAUCUGCCAUUCAACAAGUACCGCAUGUUUCACCAACAAAUAGAUAUACCACCAUUUGUACAUUAUUAAUUGUUUUAAUCGUUUCUGCCAUGAAGGAAAUUGUAGAAGAUAUUAAAAGAUCUCGUUCAGAUAGUGAAUUGAAUAAUUCAAAAGCUAGAGUAUAUUCAGAAAUGAAUGGUGAUUUUGUAGAGAAAAGAUGGAUCGAUAUCAGAGUAGGUGACAUGAUUAAAGUGAAUUCAGAAGAGCCAAUACCUGCAGAUAUCAUUAUUAUAUCAUCAUCUGAACCAGAAGGGUUAUGUUACAUCGAGACUGCAAAUUUGGAUGGUGAAACUAAUUUAAAGAUUAAACAAUCUAGGGUAGAAACUUCAAAAUAUAUUGAUUCGAGAAAUUUAAAUUCAAUGAAUGGUAGAAUUUUAUCAGAACAUCCAAAUUCAAGUCUGUAUACUUAUCAAGGUACUAUGGAAUUGAAUGGCAGAAGCAUUCCAUUAUCUCCAGAACAAAUGAUUUUACGUGGUGCAACUUUAAGAAACACUCCGUGGAUAUUUGGGAUAGUUAUAUUUACUGGUCAUGAAACAAAAUUAAUGCGUAACGCUACAGCUACUCCUAUUAAGAGAACUGCAGUUGAACGUGUUAUUAAUUUACAGAUUUUAGCAUUGUUUGGGGUAUUAAUUCUAUUAUCUUUAAUCUCUUCUAUUGGUAAUGUUAUUAUGAUGAGUGCAUCAAGCCACUUAUCAUAUUUGUAUAUUAAAGGAACUAAUAAGGUAGGGCUAUUUUUCAAAGAUAUCUUAACAUUUUGGAUUUUAUUUUCUAAUUUAGUCCCCAUUUCAAUGUUUGUUACCGUUGAAUUAAUUAAAUAUUAUCAAGCAUUUAUGAUCAGUUCAGAUUUAGAUUUAUAUGACGAAACAACUGAUACACCAACUGUGGUUCGUACUUCUUCAUUAGUAGAAGAAUUGGGUCAAAUAGAAUAUAUUUUCAGUGAUAAAACUGGGACAUUAACAAGAAAUAUCAUGGAAUUCAAAUCUUGUUCAAUUGCUGGUCAUUGUUACAUUGAUGUGAUUCCAGAAGAUAAAGAGGCUACUAUGGAAGAUGGUAUUGAAGUCGGUUAUAGAAAAUUCGAUGAUUUAAAGGAAAGAAUAUUAAAUACAGAUGAUCCAGAAUCCCAAUAUAUAGAAAUGGUCUUAACUUUGUUAGCCACUUGCCAUACAGUUAUUCCGGAACUUCAGAGUGAUAGUUCAAUUAAAUAUCAAGCUGCAUCUCCAGAUGAAGGUGCUUUGGUUCAAGGUGGUGCUGACUUGGGUUAUAAAUUUAUUAUUCGUAAACCAAACUCAGUAACUGUGGAACUUAAAACUACAGGUCAAACUUUGGAAUAUGAAUUAUUAAACAUAUGCGAGUUUAACUCUACAAGAAAGAGAAUGAGUGCAAUUUUUAGAUUCCCUGAUGGUUCAAUCAAGUUAUUCUGUAAAGGUGCUGAUACUGUGAUUUUAGAAAGAUUAGAUCCUGAAAAUAAUUAUUAUGUAGAAUCCACUAUGAGACAUUUAGAAGAUUAUGCAGCCGAAGGUUUAAGAACGUUGUGUUUGGCAAUGAGGGAUAUCCCAGAGGAAGAAUAUAAUAAUUGGAAUAAGAUAUACAAUGAAGCUGCAACAACCUUAGAUAAUAGAUCUCAGAAAUUAGAUGAUGCAGCCGAAUUGAUUGAAAACAAUCUUUUCUUAUUGGGUGCUACUGCAAUUGAAGAUAAGUUACAAGAUGGAGUUCCUGAAACAAUCCACACUUUACAAGAUGCUGGCAUCAAAAUCUGGGUUCUUACUGGUGAUAGACAGGAAACGGCUAUUAACAUUGGUAUGAGUUGUAGAUUGCUGAGCGAAGAUAUGAAUUUAUUAAUCAUCAAUGAGGAGACUAAAGAAGAUACAAGAAAUAAUUUACUUGAAAAAAUGCGGGCAAUUAACGAGCAUCAAUUAUCUCAAUACGAAUUGGAUACAUUAGCUAUGGUUAUCGAUGGUAAAUCGUUAGGAUUUGCAUUAGAAUCUGAUUUAGAAGAUUAUUUAUUAGCUGUGGGUAAACUUUGUAAAGCUGUUAUUUGUUGUCGUGUUUCUCCAUUGCAAAAAGCAUUAGUUGUUAAGAUGGUCAAGAGAAAGACAAGCUCAUUGUUACUAGCCAUUGGUGACGGUGCCAAUGACGUCAGUAUGAUUCAAGCUGCACAUGUUGGUGUUGGUAUCAGUGGCCAAGAAGGUAUGCAAGCUGCAAGAUCAGCAGAUUUCGCUAUUGGGCAAUUCAAAUAUUUAAAAAAAUUGUUACUUGUCCAUGGGUCAUGGUCUUACCAAAGAAUAUCUGUGGCAAUCCUUUAUUCCUUCUAUAAAAACAUUGCAUUAUAUAUGACUCAAUUUUGGUACGUUUUUGCUAAUGCUUUUUCAGGCCAAUCUAUUAUGGAAUCAUGGACAUUAACUUUCUACAACGUAUUUUUUACAGCCCUACCACCCUUUGUUAUUGGUGUCUUUGAUCAAUUUGUUAGCAGUAGAUUAUUAGAAAGAUACCCACAAUUAUACAAAUUAGGACAAAAGAGUAAAUUUUUCUCCGUAACUAUCUUCUGGGGUUGGAUUAUUAAUGGAUUUUAUCAUUCAGCAGUGACAUAUGUCGGUUCAACGUUAUUCUACAGAUAUGGUGAUGUAUUAAACAUGCAUGGUGAAACAACGGAUCAUUGGACUUGGGGUGUGGCAGUUUAUACAAAUAGUUUACUUAUCGUACUAGGUAAAGCUGCACUUGUAACUAAUCAAUGGACAAAAUUUACUUUAUUUGCUAUUCCCGGCUCUUUUGUUUUUUGGAUGGUAUUUUUCCCUAUUUAUGCAUCUAUCUUCCCUCAUGCAAAUAUUUCAAUGGAAUAUGCUGGGGUAUUAUCUCACACUUAUGGUUCUGCAGUAUUUUGGCUAAUGUUACUUGUAUUACCAGUGUUUGCCUUAUUUAGAGAUUUUAUUUGGAAAUAUUACCGUAGAAUGUAUGUCCCAGAAUCGUAUCAUGUUGUUCAAGAAAUGCAAAAAUAUAACAUAUCAGAUUACAGGCCACAUCUACAACAAUUUCAAACUGCGAUUAGAAAAGUGAGACAGGUUCAACGUAUGAAAAAACAAAGAGGGUUCGCAUUUUCACAAAGUGAGUCUGGUGAUCAAGAAAGAUUGGUUCGUAUGUAUGAUACUACCAAGAGAAGAGGCCAAUUCGGGGAAUUAGGUGAUGCUACUUCAAGCAAUCCUUUCAAUGAUUCAAACGGCAUUAGGAAUAUUGAUGAAGGUAGUAUAUCUAUACGCCCUAAAACAGAUGCAAGAGGAUUUAAAACCGAUGAUUUGCAAUCUUUUGAAAGUUUUGAUUUAUAG